UCCGAUUGCAACCCUUCAAUAAAAUGACAUGGUUUUAUCGCUCGACCACAUUAGCGCAUCUGGCGCUCAUCCUUCGAGAUCUACAUUACUCCCCGUUCCUCCCACGAUCUCUUCUGGUCUCUUCUCUGCGCCAUUGAUCGAUCGAUCGAGCUAGUUUGUGGUCGGCAAUGGCGUACGUCGACAGGGCCUUCUCGAUCUCGGACGAGGGCAUCACGAUGGACGGUGCCUACGUCGUCCACCACCGGCCCCCCGUCAAGGAGAUCGCCCUCGCCGUCGGCCUCCUCGUCCUCGGCGCCCUCGGAGUCGUUCUCGGCAUCAUCAUGGCCGCCAACGAGGUCGGUGGCGACCGAACCCAUGGAGUUUUGUUUGCGAUCCUGGGGUCGAUGCUGUUCAUCCCGGGAUUCUACUACACGCGGAUUGCGUACUACGCCUACAAGGGUUACAAAGGCUUUUCCUUUUCUAACAUUCCUCCUGUAUGAGAACUGUGUGCUAUAACAUUACAUGCACACGUUUCUCAUGUUAUGUUGAACUGGAUAUUCUUCUCGUCAUAGUGAAGCUAGCUAGCAAUGGAUCCAACAAAAGAUGAUUUUGAACAAAGUGAUCAAGUGCAUUCUCUUUCUCAAAUCAUGACAAUUUCCUAGAUUUUCCCCAAGUACCACAUAAUCUUUGCAGGAAUUCUCCACUGUUUUGUCUCUUGUGAGAAGUUUGCCUUCUGCUCAUAUGACCAUGACCGGAUAAUACAAAAAGCAGGUAGUAACAGGAAUUGGGCAAUGGCAAGUGUGGAUGGAUUCUCCCCAUGGAAAGAAGAAAUCAAAUCCAUACUAUUUCUUUGACCAUUCUUGAAGGAGGAAUAUGAAAAGUCAGUUGGAAUUUUGUUGUAAGAAAACAUUCUCAUCCACUCUUGACUUUAUACUAAGUCUGUGUGAUGAUGGUUAAUGGUUAAACCAAACCAAUAAUUUGGAAAUCAAACAUUAUUUGGGAAGCAGUA